AUGCACCGUCGCCUAUUGGCAUCCAGAAGGACCCAUCUGGACCAUCUAAUCCUAGCACUGGAGCAGCUGCUACUGCACCUUCUCCUGCCAUCGCGUCUGGCAAUCCAUCUGUUGGCAAUCAUCGCGGAGGCGGAGGCGGAGGCGGAAGACGUGGUCGAGGUGGUGGACGAGGACGAGGUGGUGCAGCAGGCGGGCCCUCCAACCCUCCUCGAGCAGGAGGGUGAUCGCUCGAAAUGGUUUGCAUAUUAUCAUUUAGGAGUCAUAUUUCGCACAUUUGGUCGCAGCCGAACACCGCACGAAGCACGUCGAGCGGUACAAUGCUUCCAGUCAACGUUGCUUUCACAACCCUCGCCACUGCUCCCUUUCCGACACAAUAUCAGAAGCGACAGGAAGUCAUGGCCGCAGAAGCUGAUUUUUUGGAAUGGGCAGACCCAUCCAUCAAGAGUGCAACAACUUCUAUCGUCGAUAUCCCAUGUCACCUCCGAGACCUUGUUUCGUCGAUUCCACCCAGACUUGUAUGAUUGGACAAUAUCUCUCAGGCUCCUUGUUCCUCGGUGCAUAAUACUACGAAGGUCAAGCCCAUAUCGAAUCCCUACCUGUAGUGAUUCGACUCUAUGA